AUGACAUCAACUCAGAGCAUAAAGCUGUUUGGUUUGUAUUCCUUCGAGGACGUUGAAUGUAGCGACCUGUCCUUGGUUGACUACAUUAGCGUGCAGAACAAGGGUACCGUGUAUACCCCGCAUUCUGCCGGUCGUUGGAACAAGAAGCGUUUCCGCAAGGCCCAGUGCCCCGUUGUGGAGAGGUUGGUUAACUCUCUGAUGAUGCACGGGCGCAACAACGGCAAGAAGAUGAAGGCCAUCCGUAUCGUCAAGGACUCCUUUGCCCUGAUUUCUCUCACUACGGAAAAGAACCCUAUCCAGGUUCUUGUGGACGCCGUACGCAAGGGAGGUUGCCGUGAAGACGCCACUAGAAUCGGUUCUGCUGGUGUCGUCCGCAGACAAGCCGUGGAUGUGUCCCCCCUCCGAAGGGUCAACCAGGCCAUCUACCUCAUCACUCAGGGCGCCCGUAACGCGGCCUUCCAUGCCGGCAAGUCCAUUGCCGAGUGCUUGGCGGACGAAAUCGUCAACUGCUCUAAGGAAUCGGCCAACUCUUAUGCCAUCAAGAAGAAGGACGAAAUCGAACGCGUAGCCAAAUUCAAUCGUUAA